AAACACACCUAAAAUAGAAAGAAAAAAAUGAUUUGAAAUUGAGAAAAAGCAAUGAUCUAGAUCUUUCUUGCACUGCAAUAUACCACAUGUCACAUUAUAUACCGCUACCACUCCAUUUCAGCGUUCCACAGAAACCAGAAACACCCACUCGCCGCCUCUACGCAUAACUCUCCGUAAAACCCUAAACCCUAACAAACAGAAAUCUCCAGAAAGAGAGCAGUAGCAAACGCCGCUUCUCUGAUUCGAUGGCGACCGCCGUAUUGCUCCGAUCUCUCCGUCGCCGUGACAUUGCUUCCUCAUCCCUAUCCACCUACAAGGCUUUUACUGCCAACACAAAUCCGUCAUGGUCAUCAUCAGUUGGUAGUGCUAGAUGGGCAUCACUUACCAGACAGUUUAGCUCAAAAUCAGCUGGGAACGAUAUUAUAGGUAUUGACUUGGGUACGACAAAUUCCUGUGUUGCUGUUAUGGAAGGAAAGACGCCCAAGGUGAUAGAAAAUUCUGAAGGAUCCAGAACUACUCCUUCUGUGGUUGCUUUUAACCAGAAAGCAGAGUUGCUUGUUGGUACACCAGCCAAGCGUCAGGCAGUUACAAACCCAACAAACACUGUAUUUGGGACCAAGCGUCUGAUUGGUAGACGCUAUGAUGAUCCCCAAACACAGAAGGAAAUGAAGAUGGUUCCUUACAAAAUUGUGAGGGCUCCUAAUGGAGAUGCUUGGGUUGAAGCAAAUGGACAACAGUACUCUCCAAGUCAAAUUGGAGCUUUUGUUCUUACAAAGAUGAAGGAAACUGCAGAGUCAUAUCUGGGAAAAACUGUUACAAAGGCUGUAGUUACUGUCCCAGCUUAUUUUAAUGAUGCUCAGAGACAGGCAACGAAAGAUGCUGGGCGGAUUGCCGGUCUUGAUGUAGAAAGGAUAAUUAAUGAGCCGACUGCGGCUGCACUAUCUUAUGGUAUGAACAACAAAGAAGGGCUUGUUGCAGUUUUUGAUCUUGGUGGUGGAACAUUUGAUGUUUCCAUUUUGGAGAUCUCCAAUGGUGUUUUUGAGGUCAAAGCAACUAACGGUGACACCUUUUUGGGAGGAGAGGAUUUUGACAAUGCCUUGUUGGAUUUCUUGGUGAAUGACUUCAAGAGGACUGAGAAUAUUGAUUUAUCAAAAGACAGACUUGCCUUACAAAGGCUUCGAGAAGCAGCUGAGAAAGCUAAAAUUGAGCUUUCAUCAACGUCUCAGACGGAACUCAAUUUGCCAUUCAUCACUGCUGAUGCUUCUGGAGCAAAGCAUCUGAAUAUCACUUUGACCAGGUCAAAGUUUGAGGCUUUGGUUAAUCAUUUAAUUGAGAGGACCAAGAAUCCUUGCAAGAAUUGUUUGAAGGAUGCAGGUAUUUCCACUAAAGAAGUGGAUGAGGUCCUUCUUGUUGGUGGCAUGACCCGUGUCCCAAAGGUGCAAGAAGUGGUUUCUGAGAUAUUUGGAAAGACCCCAAGCAAGGGAGUGAAUCCUGAUGAGGCAGUUGCUAUGGGAGCAGCAAUCCAAGGUGGCAUUCUUCGUGGAGAUGUGAAGGAGUUGCUUCUUUUGGAUGUUACCCCGUUGUCUCUUGGUAUUGAAACAUUGGGAGGAAUCUUCACAAGGUUGAUUAACAGAAACACUACCAUUCCUACAAAAAAGAGUCAGGUCUUCUCCACAGCAGCUGACAACCAAACACAGGUUGGCAUCAAAGUCCUCCAAGGAGAACGUGAAAUGGCAACUGAUAACAAACUCCUUGGAGAAUUUGAUCUUGUGGGUAUCCCCCCUGCCCCAAGAGGAAUGCCACAAAUUGAAGUCACCUUUGACAUUGAUGCAAAUGGCAUUGUCACGGUCUCAGCCAAGGACAAGGCAACCUCAAAAGAACAACAGAUAACCAUCCGGUCAUCUGGUGGGCUAUCCGAGAGCGAGAUUGAGAAGAUGGUGCAUGAGGCAGAAAUGCAUGCACAACGAGACCAAGAGAGGAAGGCUCUUAUUGACGUCAAGAACAAUGCGGACACUACGAUUUAUAGUAUUGAGAAGAGUGUCAACGAGUACAAAGACAAGGUGCCCAAGGAGGUUAUUUCAGAAAUUGAAAUGGCUGUCAAGGAUUUAAGAACAGCCAUGGCGGGAGACAAUGUGGAUGACAUUAAAGCGAAACUUGAUAUAGCAAAUAAGGCAGUUUCAAAGAUUGGAGAGCACAUGACUGGUGGUGGGGCUGGUGGGGCUGCCUCUGGGAGUGAUGGUGCCCAAGGUGGAGAGCAAGCCCCGGAGGCCGAUUAUGAGGAAGUCAAGAAGUAGAGUGCUUAAAUAAUCUCAUACUUGUAGUAGUUUCAAAGUUUUGAGACAUGAAUAUUUGGUGUUUCCUUUUUUAGAGAAUGGGUUCCAUUCCGUGCUUGUUGCAGUCAAGUCGUGAUAUUUUGUAUCUAGAACUCAUUAGAAACCAGAUGGGUUUUGAUUCUUGAAUGUUCCGAGGUUUGCUUAUGCGCAUCUCCUACAUUAUGUUAUUGGUAGAAACUGAAUUUCUGAGAAUACGAAGUUGGCGUUGGAAUAAUUUAAAUUAUGUGAUUUUUCUUCACUUGCAGCUAAUGCAAGUACUUACCUGGAACA